UUACGAUCGGUCAAUUAAACACGACAAAUGAAUAACGGGUUGAUUAUUGCGGGCGGCGGCGUGGUGAAUCGCAGGAGAAAAAAAAAACAAACAAACGAACGACAAAAAACUACAGGUAUAUUUUAAAAGUGUGCCCCCCCCCCUCCGGCGACGGUCUACGCGCGAUAAUAAUACCGCGUAAUUUAAUCACGUCCGAGCGAAUAAUAUCAUUAUUAUUGCCGUGUCGGUACGAUUUCCGCGCGAAAUGACCGGCGGGCGGGUGACGGACAAAUUUCCGAAAGAAUCCGAACAGAUCUGCGCCCAUAUGAAAAUAUUCUACAGGUAGGCGGGCGACCGAUUAUUCGUUACGCUAAUUGGAGGUCAUCGCGAACGGGAUCACGACAAUAACCGUUCGGUUUCACGCACGCAAAGACGUGAGUAUAUAAACGCGGGGCGACCGGCGGACGGCCAAAAACGACGGUCGGACGACGACAACGUUGCGGACUGCCCCUACCGGACUCGUUACUACUACCAGCACUGUCGCUACGCGGGAUUUGCCUUGGCCGCAGAACUGCACGGGAAAAAAAAAAAUAAAUAAAUAAUAAAUACCAAACAAUUCCGCUUGCCGCCGCCGAUAAACUGAUACGAGCAACGUGUAUCCGACGCGUUAUCAAGUUUCGCCGCCGAACACCGAACAGUUGUCAGCAUACAAUCCCUAAGCGUGCCCGCUCGUAUCCAAACGCUGUAAUAUUGUAACACCUAUCCGUAUAUUUUUUUUAUUUUUUUUCCCCACAAUAAUAUCUAAUACCGAGAUAGUAGUGUUGCACUCGUCGUGCUCCGCGGUACUCGAAAUUCUUUCAAUUGCAUUUCGCUUUUUUUUUUUAUUAUUCGUGCCCAAGAGUGUAGGUACGCAGUAUAUUAGUAACGCACGUGCCGUUGUCUUGCCGUUGCUCGCGUUUGCCUUCGGUUCUUACGCAAUAAACACCACUUAUGAUAUAAUAUUAACAAUAAUAACAUUAAUAAUAAUAUAACAACAAUAAUAAUUAUAUAUAUAACUAUGUACAUUUAAUUAAUAUAGUUUAUCGCUAAUUUAUCGGCGAUCGUUCAUUUAACUAUACGCGACUUGUUUUACUAGUUUUUUUUUUAUCUAAAUUCUUUCCACGACUCAGACAGUCGUAAUUUUAACUAAUUUGUUUUAUUACUCUUCGUCUUACCACCAUUAUGAGCGACACGUUUUUCGGCGGUAUCGAAGGGUAAGUCAGAAUCGUUAAAUUUUUCAUCCACACGGGUACCAAUGUAUAAUGCAAUUUAAAUACCUAAGUAUAUCUUAUAUAAUAGGGGAGCUUCAGUUUCCACGGUAGUCAUAACCAAUGGCAACGGAGACAUUUUAGCAGAAAUAAAAGGAGAAGGAACGAAUCCAUGGGUAAAUGUAUUAUUAUUUAAUAGGUGUUUCCAUAUGAAUAAUAUUAUCCAGUAUUUAUAUUAGUAAAUAUCCAAUUGCAUAUUUUUUCUUUACUUAAUGUUUUGUUAAUUUUUUUUUAAUCUUUAAAUUUUAAAUUUGAAUUUGUAUUUAAGUCAUUUUCAAGUGUACCUAUAAUUUAAGUCAAUGAACAGUGUCUUUGUGAUUAUCAUACAUCAUCUCUGACUUACAUUGGCUUUAUUACUAUUCUUACAUUCAAUAAAUUUUAUUUUAUUAAGUACCUAUGUAAUUUAUAAUUUUAUGAGCAAUAAUGGAUUUAAUAAGUACUAAAAUUAAUAAUUUUCAUUUUUUUUUUUUUUUUUUUUAUCUAAGAAUAUUAAUAUUUAGUCCAAUGCUUUAGAAGGUCAAGUAGAUGCAUUAGAAUUAGAUAAUAUUCUUGUAUUAAAAUAUCAAAUACAAUGACGUGAAAGUUAAGCCAAAAUUGAAAUUUAUAUUAUGGUAGUUUCUCCACAUUUUGCCAUAUUUGUUUAACUGAGAUUUAUAAAUUAUUUCUUUAAAUUAUAAUCUAUGUAUAGUUCUUAUCACUAUAAUACCUUCUAUAGUACUUUCGAUAAUACUACCUUCUACAACUGAUAAAUUGUUAAUUUAUAAUUGUAUUUUAUGGUUUGUUAAUGCUGUAAUUUUACCAUACGAAUAAAUCUCAAUAAUACGUGUAUAUGAUCUUCAAUAGCGCGUCAAACUUGAUAUUUUUAAAAGACAAAUAUGUUGAUGACCACCCAACCCAUCUUAUUACUCAACAGCUACACAAAAAUCCCACUUCUUAUAUUUUUUGAAAAACCAUAGGUAAAUAAGGUAAGAUUUGAGUCUUAUCCUCUUUUCAAAGCUAUUCACUAAUAGUCCUCAGAAAUAUAUAUAAUGUUCACGUUCCAUUGUCUCAGAUGAAAAUGGUCCCUCAUAGUCCUAUUGUUUUGACUUUGUUCCACUUAAAAUUUUGAAUUUAUUCAAUCCCAUAUAAAAAUUCUUAUAGUUAACUUAAAAAAGAAGACUUUCCUUUUGUAGACUGUAUUCUAGAUUUAAUUUAUUAUUGUUAUUGUUUAUGUGUACACAUAAAAUAAAAUCUAUGUUCAUUAAUUAAAAUGUAUCUUAUGUGUAUAAGUAAAAACCAAACUAAAAUUAAUAAUUGUUUUACUCACAAAAAUUAAUUUUUAGAUUCUUGGAACUGAACUUUGUUUGUCUCGAGUUAAUGACUUAAUUAAAGAAGCUCUUAGUAAAGCUGAUCUUAACAAUAAUAUCAAACUAAAAGGAUUGGUUUGUAUUUACAAAAAUACGUUCAACAAUAAAAUGAAAAUAAUAUUAUUUAUAGGGUUUGAGUUUAAGUGGAUGCGAAGAUAUCACUUUUUGUAAAACGUUUGAAAAUAAAUUAAAAGAAUCUUAUCCAGAUCUCACUGAUGAAGUAGUUGUUGUUAGUGACACAUUAGCACCCAUUGCAUUAGCUUGUGAAUCGGGUAUUUUUCAAAAUUAUUUAACUCUCAUAUGAAAUUAGACUAUAUUGUUAAUUAAUGAGUAAAUUUGAUGUAUGCUUAGGUGGAGCUGUUAUUAUUACUGGUACUGGUUCAAAUAGUCUACUAAUAAAUCCUGAUUCGUCAAUAAAAAGGUGUGGAGGAUAUGGACAUUUACUUGGUGAUGAAGGCAGUGGUGAGACAAAUUAAAUGUUUAAUUCUAAUGUAGUUCAUCAUUUUAUAAAAUAAUAGAUUAUUUAAUUUUAUUACAAAUAAAAUAAUCAACACAUUUUGAUUAUAUUUAUAAGUUGCAUUAAACGUUCUGAAACAUAGAAAAUAUAGGAUUUUAAUUAAACCUUUUUAUUAUGGUUCACCAAUAAAUUAUGAAUACAGUUAAGUCUUUAUUGGUAAAUUGUAGAUUCAUAUUAACACAAUAUUGUACCAUAUUAUACAUAUCAAUUAAUUACAAAUUUGGAUGCUAAAGUUUUUUAUUGAUCUAAUCUAUCAAAUAAUUUAAAUUUAAUUUAUUUUAUUCAUUUUAAAUUAUCAUCUAUUAACAUCUAUAUACUAAUAACUGUUAAUUUUGUGUUUUAGCUUUUUGGAUAGCAUUCAAAGGUAUAAAACUAUGCUUAGAUCAUUUAGAAGAUUUUAAUUAUGUUCCAAAUGGUUAUUCAAUUGACAAAGUUUGGGAAGCCAUUAAGGGACAUUUCAAUAUUGAUAAAGUGUAAAGUAUAAUAUGAUACAAUUUAAAUACAAAUAUAAUCCAUAAUUGUUUAUAUAAUGUUUCAUAACCAUUGAUUAUAAUCAGUGUUUUAACUAUAAUUUUAUUAUUAUUAUUAUUAUUUUUAUUUAAUUAUAAUUAAAUAACUAAUCUGAUGUUUAUUUACUUAAAAAAAAAAACCUGUGAUAUGUUUCUUUUUUUCUUUUUAGUUUAGACCUACUGAAUGUGUUUUAUGGAGAAAAAAAGGAAAAGUCAGAAAUUGCUAGUUUAUGUAAAACUAUAUCAGAACUAGCUAAAGAAGGAGAUGACCUGAGCCGUUGGAUAUUUAAUGAAGCUGGAAAAGAUAUAGCAAAAUUUAUACAAUCACUCUAUCCAGGUGCUGACAAAGUAAGAUUUUUUUUUUUCAACAUUAUUCUGUAGAUAAAUAGUACCUAAUUAUUUAAAAAUUAUCUAGACAGUAAUAAUUUAGUUACAGGUUUAAAUUUAAAUAUCAAAUUAUUUGAUUUUGUUAAUUAUCAUUUAAAAUCCUAAAACUCAUAAAUAAAAAGACACUUGGUAUAUUGCUCAAAACUGAAGAAAUCAAAAUUAUAUAUUUUUUUUAAUAUAAAAUCAUUUACCUACAUGAUAUAUAAAAAUAUUUAUAGAAAAUACUAUUUGUAUUAUCGUGUUAUUUAUUUUACAAUAAUUAUUAUAUUUUUAUUAUUUUUAUAUCUGUUAAACUCCUGAAUGGCUGUAUAAUACAUACAUUUUGUUAAUGUUUUAAUUGUUUAAUUGUUUUUAAUCUAUAGAAGUUACAUAAAGAGCACGGUGGAUUGCAUGUGGUGUGUGUUGGAUCUGUAUGGAAAAGCUGGGAUUUACUCAAAGACGGAUUUUUAAAUCAACUAGAUCUUCACAACUCAAAAGAACCUAAAGUAAAUGAAUUAACUUUAUUGGUGCUCGAAAAGACUGUUGCACUCGGUGGUGUCUAUCUCAUUACAAAAAAAAUGAAUUAUAAUUAUCCAUAUGAUUAUGAACAUAACUAUAAGGAACUUUAUCAUUAUGUAUACAACCAACGAAGUAAAAAUAAUACAUUCGCCAACUAAAUCAAAUUGGUUAGUUGUUAAGUUUUAAUCUUAUUGGUGAAUGUCAUUGUAUCUUAAAUGUAUGACUUCAAUCAUUAUUAUAUACUUGUUAUCAGAGCACAUUGAAUACUGUUAUAUAGUGAAUUUAACAUUAGUAUCAUUUUACUUGGACAUUUUAGUUUAAUUGAUUAGUUAUUAUUUUUUAGAGAGAUCAAUUCCCUAUUCGGAAACUUGAAAAAUAAUUAGAAGGAUGAAAAAAAGAUUAGUGUUUAAUAUUAAUUUUGGCUGUAGGUAUUCAAAAUAGUUUCUCUAAAGCUGGGGCUACACAAGUGUAUAAAAUUAAUUGUUGAGCACAUACUUUUUGACUUGCAUCACAGAAGUAAAUUAUUGGUUAUGGGAGCAGGCACACGAUUAAUGAACACUAAUAUGGACGUAAAAUUUUAUCAAUGUAUUAUUUCUUCAAUGAACGUUAAACAUGUCAAUGCCUAAAAUAAUUAAUAUUGUUUUUGAUGUUAAUGUCAGCUGCGUAGUCACAUGGACGCAUUAUUCCGAUAGCAUAUUAUUUGCAUAUUGGUAUUUUGUAGUUGUAUAUUAUUUUUGAUGUAAAAUUGAAUAAUCUUACUGUUAUGCAAAAAUAGUUAAAAAAAAAUUUCCCGAUCUUGAAGUUUUUCUGUACAACUUCACUUAGUGACCAUUUGUAUACCAUUCACAAUUUAUUAGAUGAAUCCAGUAUUUCCUUUUAGUUCACUUUUAUUUCAUGUAUAAAUAUUUUAGAGAACCAAAAAAAAAACAAGUUCAUCUGGGUCCAUAUUUUAGCUUUAAAAAAAAAAUCUGUUAAAGUACUAGGCAUAAUACAUCUUCAAUACUAAUUACUAACUCAAUAAACGUUUUUUAAUAGACGUCAUUUCGAUGUUCAUGUGCCCACUCUAUGUGCGCGUUGAAAAGUAUGUCUGUUGUAAAACACAUAUUUUGUAUGCUUGUAUGGCCCUAUCCUAACACUUAACUACAAUCUACUUCAUUAUUAUGUCUAUAUUGUAUUUAUAAAAAUAACAUCAGAAACAUAAUUCAAUUUUUAAUUUAACUAGAAAAAUUCCAAUAAAAAUGAAUUUUAUUAAUUCAUAAUCAUAAUAUCAUUAGGAUGUUGUAUCGUCUCAACCAUACUUAGCCCGAUUUCUUCUAUUUCACUGUAAUUCACUAUUUCACUUACUAUUGUUCUUACAACCACUGGCCUUGAGGCGUUUACAUAUUUAAAUAAAUGAUUAUGAAAGAAGCUCACUGUAACUAAUUAUAUAUUUUUUAAAUAGGUUUAAAGUAAAAAUAAUAAUAAGGCUUUGGAAAAAUAAACAGUGUCAAUUAUUAAACUGUUUUUUGUAUCUUUAAAACAUUUAUAAGUUAAUAGAUUAAAUUAGCAAAUUGCAAAAGGGGCCAAAUAGUUAAGUAUAAUUAUUAUUAUUUAAAUUAUAAAUCAUUGUUAUUUGUUUGUAAUUUAUUAUUUUACUUUUAUUUUCAUUUGUAUUUCACCGUUUUAUAAAUAUUUAUUAUGUUCUUUUUAACAAAACAAACAACAAAUACAUGUUUAUUUAUUUGUAUUAUAUUUUUAAAUGUAUUAUCUGUAGUAAGAUGGUAAAUUUCAAUAAGGAUUAUGGUGUAACAUUUAUUUUUAAUAAUUUAUAAUAUUGUUGUAGUUUCCAAAGGUACUUAAGAUAUAAGUUACCUGUAUGAUAAAUACUUUAUUUUUUAAAUACAUUAUUGAUUUGUUAUUAUUAAUUAAGUAUUAUUGUUUUUCAAUUUAUUCUCCUUUAUGAUAUUAUAAUAAAAAUUCUUCUAAAAAUCUUUAUAUAUUAAUGAAAUGUAUAGCAAUAAAUUUCUAUGGUACUUACAUCUAACAUUCUACUAGUUCGAAU